CCCACCAUGGCCGCGGUGGUGGUUACAUCCAGGCCUAUUCAGAAUGCCCACACCGCGCUAGACCUGUGGGUUCCGGAGUACCAGGAGAUCCGUGGGAAGAUGAUGACCGGCCACGUUGAGUACCAAAUCGUCGUGGUUACCACACUUCCAGCCUUUAAAUCAGCCAGACACAAGCCGGCCGACGUUGUCCAGUUUGUAGUCUCCAGAAAAUACAGCGAGAUUGAAGAGUUCUACUAUAAACUCUGCGCCAGUUACCCCCACACGUCGCUGCCGCCUUUCCCCAGAAAAGUGUUGUUUGUGGGUGAAGCUGACAUUCGGGAACGGAGAGCGGCCUUCAACGACAUUGUGAAAGCUAUUGCUAAGGACAGACAGCUGGCCGCUUGUCCUGAACUGCUCGACUUCCUAGGAUCGAAUGCCACUGAUUUUGUGGACAUGAAAUGGGAGAAAUGCCACAUAAAUCAGUCUGAAGAGGGAGAUUUCUUUAAGCAAGAAGAUCCGUCAGAAGAAGCCAUUUUGCACCUCCCGGCCAGAAGUCAAAGCAAACAAACCGCACCGAGGAAGGAAGAAGAUGAAGAAGAAGAAGAGGAGGAGGAGGAGGAAGAAGUAGAUUUUGAUCCUCUUGGUAUCUUGAAGACAAGGACAAAGAAGACAAAGAAACCAACUAAACAAAAGGCAGAAGAUCCCAGUUCGAAGCCCAAAAGCAGAUUAGCACUUUUUGAUGAAAUAGAUCCAGACGCGGGCUUGUUUGAACCAAGCAAAAAUCCCCCAACAAACACAAAGAAACCAUUUACGAGUGCUGGCGAAAUAAAGUUAUUUGAAGAACAAGACCUUGGCGGCACUGUGCAAUUAGGCGACUCUCUCUUAAUGCCAUCUGCCUUCAAGGCUGAGGAUUUGUUUCAGCCGUCCACCAAUGAGGAUCUGGAUGACCUGUUCAGGGUCGAGGAUGGUUUUGAGAAAUUGUUGAACCUUGAACCAAAGCCAAAGAAGAAAGGCAAGCCCCCCAUACCAGCGAAACCGUCUUUCACCAAUAAGUCUGCUGGUUCUGAAGAAUUGCCACCAGCAAAGAGUGAGGCAAAUAUACAGGCCAUGGAUGAGACCGAUAUCCUCAAGUACAUCACAGAGAAUGAGCAAGCAGACAGUCCCUCAGUCAGUCUCUUCUGAAGAGUUAGUUGGAUGCGUUCCUUCCUCCCAGGCUGCACACACACACACACAUGGAGCAGUGUUCCCAGCAGCUACAUGCAAUGAAUGCUCCUAAACAUCAGCAAAAACCGUCUGGGUUCCGCCUCAAAAGCUGCUUUGAUCCUUCUGCUAAAUGGAAUGGGGUGAUCACAGAUUCACAUCCUAUGAAUGGGUUUCAUGCAUUUGAUUUGUAAACAAGUGGUAGAUUUAUUAUCUCGGAAAUCCAUCAUACAAAAUGGUCCAAAAUCCAGCAAUACCAAUGGCCAAAGAUUAUUAUUAAAGAAGAAAUAACAAUAAAGGUAUGAAAUCUCAAAUUAUGCACAAAUACUGCCUACGUUUGCCCUCACUGUGCAGCCUAGUGAUGUGUAGGUUCUCCCUCCCAACCCUAAACCGGCUGGAUCCAGCGUGCUGCCCUUACUUAUAUACCCACACCCCUCUCUGGCAUCAUUGGUGUGAUGUAUAUAAGUAAUGGCCAUCAGGUAGAGGAGGAAUUGGGGCGACCUAAGGUCAUUGGUGGGGCCAGGGCAGAGUUAGGCCUGUGACCUGCAGGAAGAGGCCUGUGGCAGCCUGGGGGUUAAUGUUGGUCCUUAAAGUCUUCAGAGCUUUCAUAGUAACAUAGGUGCUAUAUUUCACUACUACCCAUAGGGGGCAGGCUAGAUAAGUACGUAAAUAUAGGGAGCCUACCCUGCAGGCAUCCAGCUGCUGUUGAACUACAAAUCCCAGUACUGAAAAUAGCUGUUAGCUAACAGUCAGUACAUAGUAUAAAAUGUCCUUUGUUCUUUUAUCUAUGAUUUUUCCCUCAAGGUGCAAUUCGGAAACUGAGGGCCUAGGCCAAAUACCCCUUCUUCCCUAAAACCAACCCUGAAUGAUGUUGUAUGUCCUAUGCACUGAUACAUGUGGACUGGCUAAUAUGGCCACUUAUUUGCACGUUGCUGACAUGGGACCAGUGCAUUUUCAUGGUUUUUCCCAUGCACCUACAUGCAGAUAUGUUGGCUAAUGUUACACCAGCCCAAGGCUGAGGGGGGGAUAAAAUAGGCCCUGUUUCCAACCAACAUGGACAAAAGUGUCUUGAGCUCAUCAUACUGGAGAUAAGAGAUGUGUUUCAUUAAAAGUUACAAAAUUGGACUUCAGAAGGAAGUGGGCGAGCUAAUAAACCCUAUAACAAUCAAUCAGCAGGUAGACUAACAAUUAUUUAACAUCUCAUUGGUUGCUAUGGGUUACUAGACCUGUUUAUUUAGCCAGUAACCAUAAGAAAGUAGUGGCUUAGGAUGAUGGGAUAUGAAUAUUUCCAUUUAUUCCCUAAAUGUUGUCUGUUUGCCAAUAUAUAGUGUUAUAUGAAUAAUUUUGUAGUCAUAAUGAAGAAAUAAUUGCAAAUUGCACUGUAGUCUGCUAAUUAUAGGCAUGACGGAGAACAGCCCACAGUGAAUACACAGCUGGAGGCCCCACGCUAAGAAUGCUGGGAAUUAGGAAGUGCUCUCUGCUCUACAUACAGCGCACAUUAGCACUUUGGUACGCAGUGUAAAGUCAUGUAAAGCUUGGCGCUUGUGUAGCCGAGUGUGAAAGGAGCUUUUGUGGCACUUUUUUUUUUUACACACUAAGAAUUCUUUGCUGUCUAAAUCUGUGCCCUUGACUUCACACUGUACUUUAUUUCAUAUUAAUGUUUGUUGAACCGGAUGUGCCGCUCUCGACUGGAACCCUCUCUCAGGCGACUGGAUCUGCUCUCCCUGGUCUCUGUAUCCUUUGUAUUUUAGCUGUAUUGCUGCAAUCCUUUUCUAAUUGUAUUCAGUCAGAUUUUUUUUGCAAUAAAUGAGAAAUGAUUUACAUUA